UCCUCUUUCUCGCUCCACGUCUCUCUCUCCUCCCCCACACUCCUAUCUCACGCGUCGCCACCCACCGGCUGCUCAGCCCCCUCCGUCGGAUCUCCGACUAUCUAUCCCUCCACUCCCUUUCCUCUCCUCCCUACCCAAAAACCUAAAAAGAGUUGAGUCUUUUAUUUUAUUUUAUUUUUCUCAGCGGAAUUUUAUCGAGCAGUUGGCGAGCGUUGAAUAGAAAGAGGAGAGGGAGGAUUAUCGAAAAAACAAAAGUAAAAAAAAUUCAAAUAUUUGAAAAAAGAACAAAAAAAUUUAGGGUUUUUUUUGUCUGUUGAAGAUGGCGCAAGUUCAGCAGGUUCCGGCUCAGAAUGCGAACGCGGCAGCAGCGGCAGCUGUGGCGAACGGUGCCGGAGGAGCUAACCAGUUCGUGACGACGUCGCUUUACGUUGGCGAUCUUGACCCGAACGUCACCGAUUCGCAGCUCUACGACCUGUUCAACCAGCUGGGUCAGGUAGUUUCGGUUAGGGUUUGCAGGGAUUUGUCCACUCGGAGGUCGCUUGGCUAUGGCUAUGUCAAUUUUGCCAACCCGCAAGAUGCUGCUAGGGCUUUGGAUAUGUUGAACUUUACUCCUGUGAAUGGAAGGCCCAUUAGGAUUAUGUACUCUCAUCGUGAUCCUACUAUUCGCAAAAGUGGGGCUGGAAACAUAUUUAUUAAGAAUUUGGACAAAGCUAUUGAUCACAAAGCCUUGCAUGAUACAUUUUCUGCAUUUGGAGACAUCCUUUCUUGCAAGGUGGCUACUGAUCCUGCUGGCCAGUCAAAAGGCUAUGGCUUUGUACAAUUUGACAAAGAAGAAGCUGCCCAAAAGGCUAUAGAGAAGUUGAAUGGUAUGCUUUUAAAUGAUAAGCAAGUUUAUGUUGGUCCUUUCCUCCGGAAACAGGAAAGAGACAGUACUGCUGACAAGUCAAGAUUCAACAAUGUUUAUGUAAAGAAUCUGUCAGAGUCAACUACCGAGGAAGAUUUGAAAAAAGUUUUUUCUGAAUUUGGGAUAACCACUAGUGAAGUGGUGAUGAGGGAUGGAGAUGGAAAAUCAAAGUGCUUUGGGUUUGUCAAUUUUGAAAAGGCUGAUGAUGCUGCUAGAGCUGUUGAGGCUCUGAAUGGAAAGAAAUUUGAUGAUAAGGAGUGGUAUGUUGGGAAGGCCCAGAAGAAAUCUGAAAGGGAAAAUGAGUUGAAACAACGAUUUGAACAGAGUAUGAAAGAGGCAGCAGACAAGUAUCAAGGCGCGAACUUGUAUGUUAAAAAUUUGGAUGAUACCAUUGCUGAUGAUAAACUUCACGAGCUUUUCUCUCCAUUUGGGACUAUUACCUCAUGCAAGGUCAUGCGAGAUCCUAGUGGAAUAAGUAGGGGAUCAGGUUUUGUUGCAUUCUCAACUCCUGAAGAGGCAAAUAGAGCUCUAUUGGAGAUGAAUGGAAAGAUGAUUGUAAGUAAACCUCUCUAUGUUGCACUUGCACAAAGAAAAGAAGAUAGAAGAGCAAGGCUACAGGCUCAGUUUUCUCAAAUGCGGCCUGUUGCAAUGGCACCUUCUCGUAUGCCAAUGUACCCUCCUGGUGGUCCAGGUCUUGGACAACAAAUAUUCUACGGUCAAGGCCCACCUGCUAUCAUUCCCUCUCAGCCUGGAUUCGGGUAUCAGCAGCAGCUUGUUCCUGGUAUGAGGCCUGGUGGGGCACCAAUGCCAAAUUUCUUUGUGCCAAUGGUUCAGCAGGGGCAGCAAGGGCAGCGUCCUGGUGGCAGACGUGUGGGCUCUGUCCAGCAAAACCAACAACCGGUUCCGAUAAUGCAACAGCAGAUGCUACCAAGGGGACGUGUCUACCGCUACCCAUCUGGUCGCGGAAUACCUGAUGGUCCUAUGCCUGGUGUUGCUGGAGGCAUGUUUUCUGUACCAUAUGACAUGGGCGGCGGUGGCGGCAUGCCUAUCCGUGAUGCAGCACUGUCCCAGCCAACAAUUCCAAUAGGGGCUUUGGCUACUGCUCUUGCAAAUGCUACACCAGAGCAGCAAAGAACGAUGUUGGGUGAGAAUCUUUACCCGCUCGUGGAACAGCUGGAACCUGACAAUGCAGCGAAGGUUACAGGCAUGCUUCUGGAGAUGGAUCAGACUGAGGUUCUUCAUUUGCUCGAGUCGCCUGAAGCUUUGAAGGCAAAGGUAGCUGAGGCUAUGGAUGUUCUGAGGAACGUUGCUCAGCAACAGCAAGUUGGCAAUGCAGCCGAUCAACUUGGCUCAUUGUCACUCAAUGGGAACCUUGUUUCAUGAGAGUUUUCAUCUUUGGAUUUGAUGGAUUGAGACACUUGUAGGGUGUGGUCUGGAUUGGUUUGAGAAGUUUCUUGCGUAGGUGGAAACUGGUUUUGGUCAAUUUUCCGUGAGCUUUCGGAGUUUAUUCAGAUUGUGAAUUUGUGAUGUUUAUGCAUAAAUAUUUCUAUGCACAUGUUGCUUUCCGCAGCACUAAGACGGUCUAAGUGUUUAUUUUUUUUCAUUUGCAAAACUUUCCUCGGCUGUAACAUUUUCAACUCUGAAGAGUACAUUUACAUUGAAGAAUUUGCUGUGGGUUUGAAA